CGUGUUUUCUUCAUCUAAGGCCUAGUGAUGUCCCCAAUUUAGGUUUCGUCCAAGGAGGGUGUGCUCUCGUCCGGAGAUCCAACACAUCACCGUCGUUGCUGCUCCUCCUAAGUCUCAGACCUUCUGCUGCAUAUAGUCACCCCCUUAAUUAGCAGAUACCAUAUUAGUAUAGUAUUGAUGUCAGUUUGUUUUCUUCUGGCGAUUUGAUGCUUUGCUGGGCAGACCGGCCGGGUAAGUCAAAGCUUAGCGAAUCAAUGUUCUUCGUGAUUCGGUUUGCAUGCUCCCCCGGUCAAUGACGGAAUCAAAUCCUCACCCCUCAUGCUCGUUAAUGGUAAUAGAUAGAUUGCUCCAUUAUUUACUGCUAAAAUGUUUCCCCAGAAUCGACAUCAAGUUUGUGUUGCUGGAACUACUAUUAGAAACCGCACCUUGUUACUGAAUUUUAUUGUUGGAUCUCGGCAGCAUGCCGCCGGGAGGGGCAGUGGUGGUCGACAGCAGCAACGGCAAAGACUGCAGCUACGCGACGGCAGCAAGGAGCUUCCCGGCGAAGCUUUCCAGGCCGCUGCUUCUCUUCGCGGUGCUCGCCACCGGCUUUCUCGCGGCGCCGUCUCUCCUCUUCCUCGGUGGCAGCGGGGCCGCCGCCUCCAGCUACUACGGCCUCCCGAGUCUCCCCGUCCCCGACGUCCUCCUGGCGGCCGUGAGAUCGGCGCCGUGCGCGGAGGAGAAGGAGGUGUAUCGGUGGUGGGCGCGGCCGCCGUCCAAGAGCGCGUGGCACAGCAUGAGCGACGAGGAGCUUCUGUGGGCGGCGUCGUUCGAGCCCAGGGCCGCGCCGCCGCCGCGGCCAUCGACGCCGAGGAAGGUGGCGUUCCUCUUCCUCACGCGCGGCCCGCUGCCGCUAGCACCGCUAUGGGAGAGGUUCUUCCACGGCACCGGCGGUACCGCCGGACGCGGCAGGAAGCUAUUCUCCGUGUACGUCCACACCACCCCGGGGUACCGCCUCGACUUCCCGCCGUCGUCGCCGUUCCACCGCCGCCAGGUCCCCAGCAAGGCCACAGAGUGGGGGAUGCCGAGCGUGGUGGACGCCGAGCGGCGGCUGCUGGCGAACGCGCUGCUGGACCUCGACAACGAGCGCUUCGUCCUCGUCUCCGAGUCAUGCAUCCCUCUCCACCCUCUAGCCACCAUCCACGCCUACCUGACCCGCUCCGCCCACAGCUUUGUCGCCGUCGUCGAUGACCCGGGCCGAGAUGGCCUUGGUCGGUAUCCCGCCGGCCUAGCCCCAGAAGUGCCAGUCUCGCGGUGGCGCAAGGGCACGCAAUGGUUCGAGCUCCACCGGUCGCUCGCCGUGUUCGUGGUCGCCGAUGGCCGCUACUACCCGAGGUUCCGGGAGGAGUGCCUGCCGCGGUGCUACGUGGACGAGCACUACCUCCCCACGGUGCUCACCAUGGAGGAGCCCGGGAGCCUCGCGAACCGCAGCGUGACCUUGGUCGACUGGAGCCGCGGCGGCGCACACCCCGCGAGGUUUGGUGCCAGGGAUGUGGGGGAGGAAUUCCUGGAGAGGCUGGCGGGGAAGAAGGAGAAGGGGAGCUGUAUGUACAAUGGGCAGCUGGUGGAGGUGUGUUUUCUGUUCGCCAGGAAGUUCGCUCCUGACGCGUUGCAGAAGCUGCUCGAGCUUUCCCCCAGGAUCCUCGGGUACUAG